CCCGAGCUCGGGGGAGCUGCUCCCACCGCCAGGACCAGAGUCGUCGCUGCGGUCGCCGAGGAAGGAGGAUCGCUCCAAAGCGCUCGCUGUGCAGAGACAGGACGUUGGUCUCAUCCCGUCUGUAAUGAAGGGAAAUGCAGGAUUGGUUUGCGCUCCCGGACCUCAAGAAGUGCAGCAGCAGAUGGUUCGGGAACAGUACACCACAACCACGGAGGGCACCCUCAUCGAGAGGCCAGAGGACCAGUGUGUCUAUAAAAUCGGCAUUUAUGGCUGGAGAAAGCGUUGCCUCUACUUAUUUGUUCUUCUUUUACUCAUCAUCCUAGUAGUGAAUUUUGCUCUUACAAUUUGGAUUCUUAAAGUGAUGUGGUUUUCCCCAACAGGAAUGGGCCACUUACGUGUUACAAAGGAUGGACUUCGCCUGGAAGGGGAAUCUGAAUUUUUAUUCCCAUUGUAUGCCAAAGAAAUACACUCCAGAGUGGACUCAUCUCUGCUUCUACAGUCAACUCAGAACGUGACAGUAAAUGCCCGCAACUCCGAAGGGGAGGUCACUGGCAGACUGAAAGUGGGUCCCAAAAUGGUAGAAGUCCAUAGUCAACAGUUUCAGAUCAGCUCCAAGGAUGGCAAGCCACUCUUUACUGUUGAUGAAAAGGAAGUUGUGGUUGGCACAGAUAAACUGCGAGUAACUGGGCCUGAAGGAGCUCAUUUCGAGCAUUCGGUGGAGACACCUCUUGUCAGAGCAGACCCAUUUCAGGAUCUUAGGUUAGAAGCUCCUACACGGAGUCUCAGCAUGGAUGCACCAAGGGGUGUUCAUAUUAAAGCAUCUGCUGGGAAAAUUGAGGCCCUUUCUCAAAUGGAUAUCGAAUUUCAUAGUAGUGAUGGAAUGCUUGUGCUAGACGCUGAAACUGUGUGUUUACCCAAACUGGUUCAGGGGACUGGGGUCCCCUCCAGCAGCUCUCAGAGGCUCUAUGAGAUUUGUGCCUGCCCAGACGGGAAACUUUACCUGUCCGUGGCUGGUGUGGGCACCACGUGCCAGGAAAGCAGUCAAGUCUGCCUCUAAACUAUCUGUACCGUCCACAAAGUACCCUACAUUUUCAGUGGGCUUUAAUGUACUUGACUUCGAGACUUCAAAAACUUAGCCAUUUUACAUUCUCUAACUGGGAUUGUGGAUGGAAAGUGAAAAGACACAGUUUUUAAAAAGCGACUCAGAAAGAAAAAUGUGCCAGUGAAAAUGUUCAGACAACACUCUGUGAUCUCAAAAUGGCAAGUGGAUGCUAGACAGACAAGUUGAAGGAAUAUCAAAAGAAUGUGUUUAUCCCACUGGGUUGAUUAAUUUGCAUCAGGACAAUUAAUAAACUGGGAAUCUGCUCUCCUCCACUUCCCUCCCCAUCCCUUGUACAUAUAUGUGAGUAACCAUGAAAUGUUGAAUUGCUGUGUGGAUUUGACUUAUGAUGACCAACUGUGAAUAUCUAACUCCCCAUAAAAAUAGCAUUGGCAAACACUACAAUGCUCCCGAAUUUCUAUGCAGACUCCUUAAAUCACUCAAACCUGUAAGUUCUCUCUUGAGUUUAAUGCAAAAUAUCAGGUUUUAUGAGAAAACCUUCAUGUUUUGAAGGCACUUUGAGGUCGAUCUCAUUUAAAUAGUCCAAGGAGCAAAUACUGUAUUUAUCAUGCUUUCUUUAUAUAUAGUCAAUAAGCAAUAAAAUCAACCUACAUUUUCCACAAGACUUCACAGUUUGAGUGCCUUGCUUUCUUUAAUCCUCACAACCACCUUUUGAGGGAGGUAUGUUU